UCCGGGCGAGUUCCCGUGACCAAACCGCAGAUCUCACGUCUUUCGACCGUACUCUUCCCGAACUCCUCUCUUUGGACAUCGGUUUUCUUCCCCUUUCCUUAUAUUUUACCGGCAACACCGCCAAAGUGUCUUCCCUCCUUAUCCCCCGUACUAUCUCCUUCCCUCCGGAAGUUGACGCCGGUCAUGAUCGGCUAGUCCCGGAGUCGAAGAUGAGACACAGCAAGUCCGGAAGACGGAGGAGGUCCAGUAGCAUUAUCUACCAGGAGCCUCCGGAGUCAAUCGAACAUUGCAGUGACCAGUCUGCACUUCCAAAUCUGAAUGCUAACUGGGUCAAUGCCAAAGGUGCAUGGACCAUCCACUUCGUCUUGAUUAUCGCACUGAAAAUCUUCUACGACAUCAUCCCUGGGGUGUCCCAGGAGAUGUCAUGGACCCUCACCAACAUAAGCUACAUGUUCGGCUCAUUCAUUAUGUUUCAUUGGGUGCGGGGUAUCCCUUUUGAGUUCAAUGCUGGUGCCUAUGACAAUCUCAACAUGUGGGAGCAAAUCGACAAUGGGGAUCAGUAUACCCCGACCAAGAAGUUUCUGCUCUGCGUGCCUAUUCUCCUGUUUCUCCUCAGUACCCAUUAUACGCAUUACGACCUGACAUACUUCUCGAUCAAUUUCCUAGCCACCUUGGGGGUCGUCAUUCCUAAGCUUCCAUUUUCACACCGCUUGCGAAUAGGUCUAUUCGACGAGCCGGAAGAGUGAUACAUAUCGUUUUGUUUUCUUUCAUUAAUAUUUUCUAACCGUUGUGCUCCGCUUAGCGUUUUAAUCCCCCAUUCUUCUUGUCUACGCUCAUUACCCCGCUUAUUCAUUAUCGGUGAAUGUGGUUGAAGGCAAUGGGCGUUCGUUAGUUUUGUCGGAGAAUCGUCUCCGUAGAUCAGGUCCUGCGAGCAUUUUGUGUUCUUUCUCUUCCCUUGCCUUUUUUGCUGUUCCAGUUUCGAGUCUUGAUAUUCCCUGCAUCAGAGGGUCGUGUAUUUGGACCGGUUUGCUGUCCUGUGACUUAUACAGUCGUGUUCUAUCUUUCCUAAUGGGUUUUUCUUUAAUGGUGAAAAGUAGCAUAUAGCCAUAUCAAUGCAAUCGUGUCGCCAGACUAGCAGAUCACA